UCCGCAGUUUUCCCGCGGAAUUGGGCCACUUUAACGCUCUUUCCGCGGGUUGAAGCGACUCCAGUAAUGUGAUAUUUAGCCCCUGGAAUGCGACUUUUAUCACGGGGACUCCGCCAAAAAACGGGUAUUUUACCCCGCCGGAACGCGAUUUUUACCGGGAAUCCCCACUGAAAAGCGAUUGGGCUAGUUUUGAGCUAGUUUUGAGUAGCAAUUGGGCGGGUUUUGCUGAGAAAACCUGGCAACCCUGCGAGAGCAGGUCAUAUCGGGAACUACAGUUACAGUUUAUGUGACUGUGCUGUCAUUGUCAAGACGUUUUAUAACUUUACGGCUCAUCAAAACGGUUUUGAUGAGUCUGGGUGUUAUAACAAUUACCAAUGACACUGCGUGCUGUAUAUGACAAGGCUGAAGAAACCAUUGUCAUUCACGUCAAGACUGCUGUGAGUUUAUGAUCCAGCACACUAUGGCGCGCCAUAGCAAACUCCAGAAACAGGUCUUAUCCCUGUAUCGGCAGUUUCUGCGUGCAGCUCAGGACAAGCCGGGCUUCAUACCGAGAAUACGAGAUGAAUUCCGUGCCAAUGCUACCAUCAAGAAGACUGACGUCAUGCACAUAGAAUAUCUUUACCGGCGAGGCCAACGCCAACUCGAACUGCUUAAAGAUGUAAACACUAAACAACUUGGAACAUUCAGCAAGUCUAAAGAGGACAGUUGACCACUCCUAGCAACCUAGGCUAUAUAAUAAUUACUGUAUUCAAAUAUUUUACAGAAUAUGUCUUGCAAAGAACAAAAGCUCGCAAAUACAUAUUGUUUUCUGGGAAAUCACCUCCAUGGCUUCAGUUAUUUAAAUGGAAAUACCAAUGAGACUUUCUCUCUUCUCAGGGAAACUUGCAACAUGAAGUGUUUUAGGAGUUGAAGCUAGAUAAGAUGAUCCCAUUCAAGUUUUUAAUGUUAUUUAUGCGCGUUAACUGGCAGAACCAUAUUUUUUGCUGCUAUAUCAGUAUUCUCAUUUUUUUUUAAGUGUGUCUACUAGAUGUAUUAUGUACUGUUAGGGUCAAUAUAAUGAAGUGUUUAAAGAUCAUAUCUGUUGGCACUACAUUUCUGAAAUGAUUCAACACAAUUAAACUAAUUUAUUUUUUUCUGC